AUGACAGGUUUUGGUCAAACAGCGCCGUCAAUGUCAACACCAUUCCAAUCUGCGCAACCUACUCAGUCAAGUGGUGCCUUUUCCUUUAGUAACUUUGGCCAGACGCAACCUGCUGGUGCAAGUAGCUUCGGUGGGACUCCAGGCAUGUUUGGUCGGAAUAAUUUUGGACUUCAGCCUGUUCCCCAGAAUUAUGUGGUUGCACAAGCAGCACCCAUUACAAAUCCGUUUGGAACACUUCCUGCUUUGCCUCAGAUGUCAAUUGGCCGAGUUGGAACUACUCCUUCUGUUCAAUAUGGAAUCUCUAGCAUACCCACCCCUGCACGCAAUUCUAUCAGAAAAGAAGUUGGAAGUUCCUCUGGAAGUGACACGACUGACACUAGUCAUAGCUUUGUUGAUGUAAAUCAUUUUGAUAAUUCUAAGAUAGUUGCUUUAGAAAAAGAAAAGGACUUGAAUAAAUCAUCCGACAAUGAUGCUCGGGCUUCUGUAGAAGAAAAACUCAGACAGAGGGAUGCCAUGUAG